CAAAAUGGGCGGGAAGCGUACGAAAGGUAACACCAAGCCUUCGAGCAGUGGCCGCAGUGCGGAACUGCUCGGUACAUCCGUACCGACGCUGUUCGGGUUUGCCGCACUGGACAGCACGAGCAUGCCGGUUGUGCCCGGGUUUGUACAAAUCGACGCCAAUCACAGCGUCGACGAGAUGGACCCGAACCUGGAUGAUACGCUGCAGAUAGUGUUGCGCAAGAUGCUGAAGAAAGAUCCAACCACCAAGAAGAAAGCGUUGGUCGAGUUUACCGAGCUAAUGAGCACGGUUGAGCUGGAAGUGGUGAAGGCGGUACUGCCCUUUUGGCCCCGGCUGUUUGUCAAUCUGUCGACCGAUGCCGAGCACCGGGUACGCGAAGCAACGCAGCAGGCACAGGCGGCAAUCGUGGCCAGAGCCGGGAAGGAAAUUGCUCCCUUCUUGAAGCAGCUUGCUCCGGCCUGGAUUUCUUCGCAGUACGAUACGUAUGGGCCUGCCGCUAGUGCGGCGUUAAAUUCGUUCAACAGUGCAUUCCCUCCUGCCAAGGUGAGCGAUGUGUUUGUGUUUUGUGAGAACGAAAUACUGGAGUACUACACGAAAAAUCUAACCGUCCACACGGCCAUCACGUUAAGCAAUCCGAAAUCACAUACGCCGGAAGAGUGUGAAAACAAGUACCAGCGUGUACUGAUAUCCAGCUUGCGAGGGUAUGCCCUCUACCUUGGCCGAAUUCCUCCCGAAACACUAAAGAAAUCAGUCGAAAAGAAUGCAAAGCUGCUCGAGAGUCCUAAAUUCUGGACGUAUCACAAGCAUAAAACGUCCGCCAUUCGAGCUGCUUGGUUUGAGGCCAUUUCCGCACUGUUGCAGUACGCUCCGUUUCUGGUGGAACAGCACCAAGCACAGAUAACGACGAGCGUGUUCCAAUUUCUGGACGAAACCGAUCCAACGGUCGUGACGCACGUCUGGAGCUCGAUUGUGCUAAUCCAGGCCAAUCUGACGGGCUGGCACACCCAUCUCAACUUCGACAAAGCCGUCUUUCCAAAGCUCUGGAAACUGCUGAAGAGUGGCGGUGCAGGUAAUGCUGCCUGCGUCUAUCCCCACAUGCUUCCACUGGUUUCAGGAUUUACGCGCGAAGUACUCGGCGAAGAACGGUUAGCCAAAUUUUACAAUCUUUUCUUCGAAAGUAUGAACGAAGGUUUGCAGGCAGUACAAUCGAGCCGUUCGGAUGUUACCGCCAUUUCGCAGGCAUAUUACGAAGCCUUCCAGUAUGUGGUAUUGCAAGCGUUGCGCGAUGAAACCAUGCCCGAGGCAGCACGUGAAGAUUUCUGCAUGAAUCUGCUCGAUCAACAUCUUAUCGGAGUGAUUGCGUGGUGUAUUACAAGUGAAGCUGCCCAAGGAAAGUAUGUGUUUCAGAGUAUGGCCAACUUGCUCGAUCACUGGUGCCAACACAGUGCCACCCAUCAGCUGUACGUCGUAUUGCUCGAAACGUUCUGGGAGCGUUUGUAUGGGGUCGUGAAGGAAAGCGUCCACUGCAAGGAUAAUGCGGCUAGUAUCACCGACUCACACAUAGAGCUGGUACAGAACUUACGUCGAACGUCACACAAGCGGGUGAAAUUUGCGGUCGAAAAUCCAAGCACGGAUGCUGUGGACGGUGCGUCCUGUCCGCUUACUACCGGUGAUCAUGCGAAUCGGUUCGAGAAUCAAUUGCAGUUGCUCGUCUAUCGAAUAUGUCAGCUGUACAUUGCCAAGAUCAGUGUCGAUCGCGAUGAAGGAUACACAAUGCAGCUGGUGUAUCUUGUACGGGCUUUCCAGUGUCGGGAACUGUUUGUGUUUUUGGCUCACGAUAGUGAAAACAUCAAGUGUCUGUUCGAUACGUUUGCUCGGUGGUUGCAGGAUGUCAAGCUGCAGUCUGAAUACGUCGUUGAGCUGAUCAUGAUCCUGUACAAAUAUCUCAGUGCAGAGGAACGGUUAGCGCUGCUGAACAAAUGGAUAAAGAUGUCGAACAAAACCGUACAAAGCUGGAUCAUCCUCCGUGCACUCAGCCAUCCACUGUGUCAAGAACCGAACAUAAAGGUGUUCCUUGCACAGCCUGAAGUAUCCAGCAAUAUUAUAGAAUGUGCUGUUGGUGUCGCAAACGGUAAUACGAAAGAAAAUAUGAUCCUGCUGCAAAAAUGUUUCUUCGUCGCGAGCAACGGCGAAAUACUGAUCGAUCCGGAAACAUGUAGGAAAAUUAUCGAAACCGUCACAAACCCAGUACAGGACGCAUCUAAGAAGGAUCUGCACGAUGGAUGUAUAAGCUUCCUCGCCCAAAUCAUGCCCGUCAUUUGUAGUGACUCGAGGCUGACCGAACUGCACCGUACGCUGUUUUGUACGCUGUUCGAUUUUACCGUACACAACGUAGUUAGUGCCGAGCUGUCGGAGGAUACACUGUGGGAAGCAACAACGGCUUGGCAGGAUGCCCUGUCCGGGGAAGACAUUGAGCUCGACGACACUCUUGUCGCACGAUGCAUGAGUACGAUUGACGAUCGUUUGUGCACGCUGGUUGGCGCUGAGGAUGGAACAGACGUACUGAUGUUGCUGGAGAAAUUAACAAAAAUUACCGCCAAACUGAUUGCUUGUGCCACCGAGUCGAACAAACACGACAAACCGAAACGUUACCAACAAAUCAAUGUGAUGUUGAAGCAACUGUUCCAAAAUCGAAUGUCCGAAGUAAGCGACCAAACGGAAGAGCUUGCGCGUUUGGCAGAGUAUAUCGAGCUGCUCCAGGGACGGCUUACUACAAAGCAACUGAAGUUAAACACUUCGCCAACACUGUCCAGGGAGCAGUUUGUUGUAAGUAUGAAGAAUGCACUGAUACGAGCACUCUGUUCGGUGGAUAUUGUGUUGAAGUUAUCAUGCAAAGCGAAACUUAAACCAACGUCAACAAAGAGCGAAAAUACUGAAAAAAUGGACGUUGAUGAACCGCCUGCCAAUGACGAUAUGGAUGUGUGCGAGAGCAAUGAGGAUGAAAAUGAAGAGCUGUGGAUACUGCACACGUGGUCGGAGUUGAUCUACGAGAAGGUACUGUCUGUGAUAUACUUGGCCACCGUUGGAGAUACGGUGCUGUACAACACGGAACAGCUUGAAUCCGUUGUUGAAUGUUUAAUACUCGCGGUGCAAGAGAAGCUAUCGCUGCUGCUUAGAAACGUGAGAUCCGAAGAAACAUCGAAUAUCAAGCAGAAACUGUUUGCCUUGGCGAAUCAACACGGUAUGCUGUGGGCAAAGUGUCUGAACACGCUGCUAGUGAUCGAUCAGUACGCGGAUGGGGAAAAUGGACCCGUUUUAUUAUACGAGGACGCUUCAACCGUAGCUUACAACAGUGAGGAGCUCGUGGCGUACAUUAACAUCGUGCAGUGUUUGAGCGCCAAAAUGAAACCCAAGUGUCUUCCGAUCAGUCCAAAUUUGUUCGAAAACUAUUUCGACCUGAUGGUUAAGCUUGCGUCCGCACGCUGUCUGAUAGAGAACCAUUUUUCCACCAACUACAACGAAUCAAACGAUAGGAAAAUCAUAGGCAAUUGUUUAAUUGUACUGCACGAGCUCAUUACUAGACAAACGACCAAUAAGAUGUUGCUUUAUAGUUGUGAUCUUGCCCAAGCCGAGGAAAACAAGAUCUUUCUCGAUGUGGAGGUGGCUAACGUGCUAACGGUGGUGUUGCACCAUUUUCCAUCCGAGUUGAACAUCCCGAAGUGGGAUUUCAUCCGCAUUGCGCUAAGUUCGUGGACGCUUUCCGUCUCCAAAAGCUUCCUGCACUAUCGAACUCACAAUAUAUCGCUCUUCAUAGCUGCUCUGUUUAGAUUGUUUAGUGGAUUGAUGCAGUGCUUUGCCGUCGAGAGAAAACGCUCCACCGAACUGUUGACGAAUGUGAUCGAAGAGUGGGACAAUGUGUUCGCUAAGGAUGUAAAUCUGGUACUGCUAAAGGCAUUUAUUGGAAUUGUUAAUGCGUUAGAUUGUCAACGAAAAUCGGAUGAAUAUUUUAUUGAAAGCAUCUGCUCGUACGUAGAAGUAGUUGACUUUAACCACGUAUUUAAGGCAAAUAAAGUGGACUCCAAAACAUCUCUAGACGAUCUGAUAUCGUUUGCGCUCACAAACAUUCGCCACUGGAAUAAGCGAGUCCGGUACGCGGCAACUGCAAUGCUGAAAGCGCUAUCGAUAGGACUCGUGGGGCGCGACCAGGAACAACUGCUUAAGCGUUCCGAAUCCACCGAUCAACAGCAGCAACAGACCGGAGAAGAACCGGAGGACAAUUGGCACCUUUUGCAGCGCUUCAAACUCCAGCUGGAUGAAUAUCACGAUUUGCUAGCCGAUUUUGUAACCGAUUUCCACUACAAACCGGCAGACGUGGAAGCGACGCAGUCUUCAGCAGAGUGUGAAAAGCAACAGAAAAUAAGAUCGCACUGUCUGUCGUAUCUGUUGCUGUGGGACUGUAUUCUCGGUAUCUGUGCCAAAGCGUCAUCGGAGUUGCGAUCCAUUUACACUUCGUGGAUCGCGCGCUAUGAAUUUGAAGAACUUCUCCUGCCAGUGCUCUUCAAGCUGAUGCCACCAGAAAUACUGCGUAAUCCGGAUUCCUGUGCCGUUUACGGGCAGGCGAUGUUUUCCAACUUGGAGUGGAAUCAGAUUAAAAAUCCGAGCACAAAACUCGAACGAUACGCUUGUCAUCUGUACGCGCAGACGCUGCGCCACCUGCCCGUCAUCUUGCGCCGGUGGUUCAACGGAUUAAACCAUCGCUAUUCAACGAUUGUCAGCAAAAUAACGGCCAACUCGGUGUCCAGUUUGCUGUGCCAGGAAGAGUUUCAGGCACUUAUCGAUCGCAAGGAUCGGCAGGAUAAUAUGCAGAUCAAGGUGCAUUCCGCUCUGCGACAGGUGAUGGCCGUUUAUUCGAUCGACGAAGCAAAGAUUGAGCUACACAUUACACUACCUAGCAACUUUCCGCUCGGUGCGGUAACGGUGGAAGGUGGAAAGCAGAUCGGAGGUCGGCUGCAGUCGCGGCAGGUCGUGAUGCAACUAUCGAUCUUUUUGACGCAUCAGAACGGAUCUAUUAACGACGGAUUAUCGCUGUGGAAGCGCAAUUUGGAUCGGAAGUUUGAGGGUGUUGAGGAGUGCUAUGUAUGUUACAGCGUUAUCCAUCAAGACACCUGCCAGCUGCCAAAGUUGUCCUGCAAAACGUGCAAGAAAAAGUUCCACGGCCCAUGCUUGUACCGGUGGUUUAGCACGAGCAACAAAUCGACAUGCCCUAUUUGUCGACAUAUUUUCUAAGGGGUGUACUGCUUACUAGAAAGGUAGAGAUGCACAAA